AAUUAAUCUAAUUGCUUCAUUGAGAGCUUAAUAUGUAAAACCCAUUAUUUUCUUCUUGGCUCUCAUAGAUGGUUUGACUUCAAAAUAUAUCUCGUGUUAAAAAUGCCAAAUGCCAAUGUUAAAUUGUAGAAUCCUGCCCAUUUUUCCGGGAUGUUUUCUGAUCGCAACCAUGCCAAUCUCUUUCCAGAACAUACAAUCAGCAUCAUGAGUGAUAAACCAGACGUCAGUGAAGUCGCGAAGUUCGACAAAUCUAAAUUGAAGAAAGCUGAAACCAACGAGAAAAAUACUUUACCCACUAAAGAGACAAUUGAACAAGAAAAGACUGGUUAAAAAGUUAACAUGAACAGUGAAUUUAAAGACAAUAUUGUAAAUAUAACGUCACCUAUGUUGCCAUCCUGCCAAAAGAUAUUGUGGUCUGUAAUUCUGUCGUCAAGCUCAACUUAUUGGCCUACUUAAGAUCAGGAACUAUUCGGGACAAGUACAAGUCGAAAUUGGUGUUUGUGACUCAGAUUUUGGUGUUAACAUUUGUUUGUGUUCCAACUUGAAAAUCACGUGACUGAAUCUAAAUUUAGCAACAUAUUCCUGACGCAGACAAGAUACAGCCGUGUUCAAACUUUUGUAAUUGGUCACAAUGUUUUCAGUGAACGUUAUGUUUUGUAAUUCCACUUUUGCUCAUGCGAAUCAUGUUAUUGUGUACUAUUUCUGUCAAAAAAUAAAUGCUAAUGAUGGAACAAAUCCAUUGAUUGGCUAAAAAAAA